ACAGGUAUGUUCAGCACAAUAAACGGAACGCGAACAACGUUAAAGUUAGUUUAAACUUUUUAAAAAGUAUACCUAUUCUAAACGGGCAGGUGUAGAAGAUAGUGGUAUGCGCGCGCGCAUCUUUCAAUUAAGAUAGACUUUAAAUAAAAAGAACAAAAAAAAAAAACUUUAAGAAGAAACGGGGAAUUUUUAAUUAGUAAUAAAAAAAGUUUUAAUUUGAGUUUAAUUUGUAGACGAUUGUGUGUGUGUGUGUGUUGUAAACAAAAUGAAACGUCUUAAAAGUGUAGCUCGUAUUAGUUUCGAUUUACUAAUAUUCGCUGGCUUAUGCUUAUCGGAAGUGGCUUUGCGUAAAUGGUUUAAGCCCUAUAAACGUGGUUUCUUUUGCAACGAUGAAUCACUGCAGUAUCCCUAUCGAGAAAGUACCAUUGGUACGGUGUUAUUGGUGGCUAUAGUUUUGGCUGUACCCUCUUCGGUUAUGAUAGUAGUGGAGUUAUUUAAACAGCUUUCACCUAUGCCCAUUGAAAAAAGGAAGUCGUCACAACAGGCCAAUUCUAAAGUGGGCUGUCGUAUUGGUGAACGGUUAAUGCACUGUUAUAUGCAGAUAGGUUAUUAUCUUUUUGGUUUGGCCUUGUGUUUGGUCUCUACCCAUAUUACCAAGUAUACAGUGGGCCGUUUAAGGCCUCACUUUUUUGCUGUGUGUCAACCUCAACUACCGGAUGGUUCUACUUGCAAGGAUUCCUUUAACUUUGGCCGUUAUAUAGAGGUUUAUGAGUGUGUGGGACAAAAUCAUACGGCUAAUACUUUAGCCCAGCUGGGACAAUCAUUUCCCAGUGGUCAUGCCAGCAUUUUCUUUUAUAGCAUGGUAUAUUUGGCCAUUUAUCUGCAGGCAGCUUUAAGCACUCGAGCCUCGAAAUUGUUAAAACAUUUGCUGCAAUUUAUAUUCAUUAUGUUUGCCUGGUAUGUGGCCUUGACACGCAUUUCCGACUAUUGGCAUCAUUGGUCCGAUGUGGUGGCUGGCACUAUUUUGGGUUCUUUAAUUGCCUUUGUGGUGGCGGUAUUUGUGGCUAGAAUCUUUGUAAGAAAACCUAUUAGAAGUAAUGGCAAUGUGGCACCUAAACCUCCUGCUAAACCGGCUGCCUCACCUACCAAUUCAUCUGCUAAAUCAAAUAAUUCACCGCCCGUCUUGCCUGCCUAUACCUUUGGUACUUUGCCCUACUUGCCGCAUCCUCAUGCUGCCACAGCGGCUGCUGUAGCUGCCGCUGCUGCCCAGCAACAAGCUCAAUAUGCCCAAACCUAUCACAAUUAUGGCUAUGUGCCUUAGACAUGCCACCAACAACAACAAUAACAACAACUACAAAUGCUUCAUGAUAAUACUGGUAAUGAUGAUCGUGAUGAUGAUGCUGCUGCUGCUAUUGCCUGCCGUUGUUGCUGAUGUGAAAGUAGUCAAACGUUGCUGCCUGCCUGCUGUCCACCUUCAAUAUCUAAAUGUUUUCUUGAUUGCUCUGUCUCUUUGGUUAAGUAUAGUCUGUAUAUAGUUUUGUAAGUUUUCGUUUGUUUUUUCUCCACUUUUUGUAAUAAAGUUUUACUUAUUUGUAGCUCGUAUGUAAGUUACAAAAUACAGUGGAAGCUCUUAAAAUGGGUUGGAAUCCAAAAAUGGAGUUAUAGGUUUUGUUGGGAUGGUGUAAGCCAAAUGUUCAAUUGGAAAAUUAAAUGUAUUAGUAACCUAAUGAUUGAGUUAAGGUGGUUUAAAUUUUAGUCAUUUUCUUUUUCACAAUUUACUCUAGAUUUGAAAUAAAUUUUGUGUUGUCACAAAACUCUGAAAUGUUUUACCAUCAUCAGACUUAAAAAAGUCUCCAAAUGAUAGCCAAGUUCCGAAACAGUGAUCAAACCAGUAAGUUUUUUAAUAAGACCGCUCCCUAAGACGACAAAACGGAAUUUCAAUCUACGAUCCAUUAAUUUUUAACUCCAUAUUUCAAAGAGUAGUUAGGAACUUCAUUAUCAUUGUGUUUUGUAACUAAUUACCCAAAUGUCUUUAUGAACAACUUUUCAAAUCUUCUUUAUUCAAAACAAUUUCAUUUAGUUGCAAACUACAAGAGAAUUCUUCGUUCGUUCCAGCAACUGGCUCAAAGGUAAACUGGACCAUAUGUAUUUCGGGAAAGACUACUUCACAUUCGGUCAAGGAUUUGCUAUAUAAUGACACUAAAUACUAGACUACGAAGUAACUUCAUUCAAAUAUAUUGAUUUAUAGACGAUGGGUUCCUUAUUCUGAAAUUAUCGGCAUUAUGGUCGAUCAAAAAUGAACAAUUGAAUCAUUGGAGAGAAGUACCAAUCGAAAUAUGUUUUCACAGUAAAGAACUUCCAACAACUUAGUCCGAUCAAGAGGUUGUAAAUGGAAUCCACUUAGUCUUAUUGAAAUUGUGGACAUUCGAAUCUUUACUUUGAAGAAAUUUGCGUCUCUUUUUGCCAAGAAAUGAAUGUUCAGAUUUACAUUCAAACGGUAUUUGGUUCCUCUGGAAAUUACCUUUGGCAACGAGACUCAAUGAAUUGUGGACAAUUUGAAUAGAUUUGCCUAUCUUUUUGCCAAGAAUUGAACGUUCAGAUUUACGUUCAGAUGGUACUCGGUUACUCUGGAAAGAACCUUAGGUAACCAGACACAAUGAAUUGUGGACAAUUUGUCCAAUCGAACUGAGUGUCCGCUCAGUGAGAGAUGUAUCAACCAGAACAUUAAAUAUUUCGAAACUAUCGGUGUCUUGCUGGAUCAAAAAUUAAUUUCUUCGAUUGGGUGGUCGAAAAUCGAACCCACUAAGACUCAUUGAAAUUGUGGUUAAUGGAAUCUUUACUUUGAAGAGUUUUGCGACUCUCUAUGUCAAUAAUUGAAAGUUCAGAUGUAUGUAAGUUCAGCCGGUACUUGGUUACUAUGGAAUUGUGGACAAUUUGUCCAAUCGAGAUAUGGUUUCACUGGACAGAACCUUUGAUAACUCAUACUUAAUGAUUUGUGUACAAUUGAUUCUUUGUUGGUUGAAAGAUCUCUCUCUGUGAUCUCACUUGUUCAUGGAGUGUUCACUCAGUGAGAUAUGUAUCAAGCAGAAUAUGAAUACACAUUGAAAUACUACAGUUGACUGAUUUUUGAAAAUAAGAUCUAUAUUCUGAAACUAUCGGUGUCUUGCUAGAUCAAAAAUUAAUUAGUCCGAUCGAGGGGUUGAAAAUGGAACCCACUUAGACUCAAUGAAAUUGUGGUUAAUGGAAUCUUUACUUUGAAGAGUUUUGCGACUCUCUUUGUCAAGAAUUGAAAGUUCAUAUAUAUCAGCCUUUGCUUGGAUCCUUUGGAAUGAACCUUCCACAGCUCAGACUGAAUGAAUGGUGACCAAUUUGACCUUCUGAACAUGAAAGAUCUUCAGCGCACUUGGUGGCCGAUUUUCCACUUAGUGAGGGAUAUAUCAACCGAAGCUGUGUUGCCCGGGAAAGAACCUUUGACAACUCAGACUUAAUGAAUUGUGGAAAAUUGGUUCUUUGCCGUGAGAAAGAACUUCAUUUGGUUGGCUCAGAUGUAUCAAUCUAAACUUUCAAUCCUAAUUUUCAUUGAAUUUUUGUAAACAAUUGGAUCAUAAAUGUGAUCUUAAAACGAAAAGA